AUGGCGUCUGCAAGAGGAAUACGUUUCCUUCUAAGUGCUGCUGGUGGGGGGCCUCCUAUCCCUCGUAGGCUGCUGCAGGGGGCCCCCGGGGGGGCCCCCCUGGGGGCCCCCCUAGGGGGCCCCCAAAUGCUUAGGGGGGCCCCCUUGGUUGAAGCGAGGGCUUCAUCAACGCUUGCAGCUGCAGCAGAAGCUGCCCCGCUGCGAACAGCAACACCAGCAGCAGCAAGACGAGAAGCAGUAGCAGGAGUAGCAGCAGCAGCAGCAGCAGCAACACCAGCAGCAGCAGAAGCAGCAGCAGCAGCAGCAGCAGCAGCAGCAGCAGCAGGGGAAGCUCCAGUGAAGCGAAUUUUCACUCGGACGAAACAAAUCGCUACUAUUGGCCCCGCUUCCUGGGAAAAACAUCAGAUUGAGUCAUUGUUUUUGAGUGGCGUAGAUAUAUUUCGUCUGAAUUUCUCUCACGGUGCGUUUAGUGAGAAGCUGCAGCAAUAUAAAUAUAUAAGAGAGAUAGAGAAAGAAUAUAAAACCCCCCUAGCUGUGCUAGCAGAUCUACCAGGGCCCAAGCUGCGCUUGGGGGCCCUAGAGCCUGAGCAUCAGCAGCUGCAGCAAGGGCAGCAGUUUCUUCUUGAUGCAGGGGGGGCCCCCGGGGGCCCCCAUAGGGCCCCUGUUCAGCAGAAACAAAUAUUAGGGGCCCUUAGACCCGGUCAUAGAGUACUCAUUGAUGAUGGUAAGGUGCGCCUAAGGGUGCUAGAACUGUCUCCUUUGCUGCAGCAGCAGCAGCAACAGCAGCAGCAGCAGCAACAACAGCAGCAGCAGCAGCAGCAGGAAGAAGAAGAGGAGGAGGAAGGGUUUGAUGGGGGUUUAUUAUGGGUACGAUGUGUGGUGGAGGUAGGGGGCCCUAUCAGCAGCAAAAAGGGUGUAUCUCUACCUGACAGCUUUUUAUCUCUCUCUUCUUUGACAAAGAGAGACAAACAAAUUGCAGCAAUGGUGCACAGUUGGGGUGUAGACUGGAUUGCUGUCUCCUUUGUUCAAUCGGCAGCAGAUGUGCAUGCUCUUCGCUCUUUCUUAAUACAAGAAACAAACAAAUAUCAUUCGGGGGCCCCUAACAACUAUAUAGGGGGCCCCUCCUCUAUGGGGGCCCCCAACAACUAUAUGGGGGGCCCCUCCUCUAUGGGGGCCCCUGAUUGGGGGGCCCCUUCUAAAGGGGCCCCCUCAUGGAUAGGUGUAUCCCCAGGAGUGGGGGGCCCCCUUGGGGGGGCCCCCUAUAUGGGGGCCCCCUAUAUGGGUACCGGUGGUUGUCGAGUACCUUUAAUAAUGGCGAAGAUAGAGAAGAGAAGAGCUCUGAUGAAUAUCGAAGAGGUAGUAGGGGCUGCAGACGGUGUAAUGAUAGCUCGAGGGGACUUAGGAUUAGAGAUAGGCCCUGAAGAGUUAGCUGAAGCUCAAGGGUUUGUUGCUGCUGCAGCACGAAGAAAGAGAAAACCGUUUGUUGUUGCUACUCAAAUGCUAGAGACGAUGAUAGAUAGAUCGGUACCCUCAAGACCUGAGGCUCUUGAUGUUGCUGCAGCAGUGCUGCUAGCAGCAGAUGGAGUUAUGCUCUCUCAAGAGACAGCAGCAAGUAGUAGGGGGCCCCUAAUUGUACAGACCCAGCACUCUAUUAUUCAGUAUACAGAGAGCACAGAGCGCCUCUGGAACUAUCAAACCCUAAGGGGGCCCCUCGCUCGUUGCUUUCUUGCUGCAGCAAACAAAUUAUGCGAGGCACCACCAGAGGGGGCCCCCCUCAGCCUUACGCCUCCUGCUGCUGCUGCUGAUGAGCAAAUGCAGCAGCAACUGCAGCAGCAAAUGGAGCAGCAAAUGCAGCAGCAACUGCAGCAGCAAAUGGAGCAGCAAAUGCAGCAGACAGCAGCACUUGCUGCAGGUGCCGAGGCUUCUUCUCGUCUUGCUAAUGCUAAGGCAAUUCUACUCUAUACAAAUAAUUUGGGGGCCCCUCUUUAUUUAGCUUCUCUUCGUCCCAGGGCCCCCAUUAUUGCUGCAACUGAAGACCUACACUUAGCAAGGCAGCUUCAACUCUUCUGGGGGGUCUUACCUGUCUAUAUCAAAUCUAAAAAACAGUAUUCAGUAAACCCUAACAAUCAAUACCCAUAUACACUACAAUGUCAAUCACAAGGGGCCCCAGAGGGGCCCCCCCACGAGGCCCCCACAGAAGCCCCUCAAGGGGCCCCCCUAGGGGCCCCCCAGGGAGGGGCCCCUCAAAGGGGCCCCCAGGGGGCCCCUCAAGGGGGCCUCCAUGAGGGUUUAGAAGACGAGGGAGAGGAAGAGGGUUUAGAAGGAUGGAUUGAGGCAGCAAAAAGAAAAGCAAGAGAAGAAGGCGUGCUGCAGCAGCCAACAGAUGUCUUAGUUGUUAUGGGGCCCCUUGAAGAAGGGGGCCCUAACAAAACAGCAGCACGAGAGGCAAUCACCAUUCGUACUGCAGGAUAA